GUUGAACAAUAAUGGCGAUUUAUCUCAAAAAUUUAACUUUCACAAUAAACGUUCAAGUUAAGUCUAGGAGAAACAGUAUUUAAAUUUUGUAAAUAAACUUACCUUUCGCCAUCAAUUUGCAAUCUUCUUGUUUUACUUUUUCUCAAACAAUAUUUAUUGCAGUGAAAAAUCGCAAUUAUUCGUCGCUGUUAAAUAGUGAAAAACAAUAUGGCGACUGCCUUGUAACGGAUGUUCCGGUAUAAACGUCUUAUGGGUAAUCACAAAAAACAUGUCUGCCUGAAACUAGAAAGAAGAAAAAAAAUGGUCUUUACAAAAAACUGGUCAUUUCUAAAUUAAAAAAUGCAGUGAUUUACUCCUAGACCUAACCUCAAUCCCGUGCAGUAAUGCAGGCUUUACAAGAUUUCGUAUGUUCAGAAUGUAAAACAGAAUUUCAUUCAGCUGCCUCAUUGCUUCAACAUUUUGCUUUACACGCCUCCAACUGCCUUAUCAAUUCAAUGGACAAAGAGAAGUCAAUGACCCAGAAAAAACUCCCAGAUCUCUACCCCAUUAAUUUUAAGAAAAAACCCGAUUCGGACGUUGAAAGUGAUUCAGGAAUUGAAGAUGUCAACCCAAUUAAAUUCUGUUUGGUUACAAUGGUUGAAGAGACAGAGCCUGAAAAAGUCAGGAAGUACCAGUGCAAAUACUGCUCGAAGAAAUUUGGGUGGCCAACUGAUUUAAAACGCCAUAUUUUGAUACAUACGGGCGAAAGGCCUUUCAAAUGCCAAUUUUGUGAUUCCGCGUUUACCAGAAAUUUUCUACUUAAAAAGCACCAAAGAAAGUGUCAUGUGCCAGGUGAUAUUCCUGAUUUGAAACCAAUCAAGUCUAGGAAGCAGGAAAAGAGUAAGAUUAAGAGAGUUAUGACGGAGGAUAUGUAAAAUAAUGUAUUCAUUUCGUUCUUUACUUAAGACUUACGAUUUGCUCCAAUUUUUUGUUAUACCAAAGAUAUCUUAUGAUUAUUGUGAUUUUUAUGCUUUGUAUUUUUUAGUGUGAACCAAUAUUCUGUGCCUAAUCCUAGUCAAACAGGGCCAAAAUAGUACUUAAUAGAUUUAUAUAUUUAUAAUGAAGUCGAAUAUUGUACAACUUUUUCAUAUUUUUAUCAAAUAAAGUGCCUCACAAAAAACCUUAA